CUCCAAGCUGAUUCAUCAAACAAAAUGGAGUUGUGCAAGAUCUCAUUUCUGAUGUUGUGUGUGUUAGGGUUUGUGAGCGUGGGUGAUGUAGCCUACGGUCAAGACUCAGAAGCUGACUACUUGAACGAACACAACGCCGCAAGGUCGCAGGUUGGUGUUCCGAACAUUGUUUGGGACAACACAGUUGCUGCUUUCGCACAAAACUACGCAAACCAACGCAGAGGUGACUGCAAUCUGAUCCACUCUGGUGGUGAUGGGAAAUAUGGGGAAAAUCUUGCAGGAAGCAGUGGUGACCUAAGUGGGAAAGAUGCAGUGAAAUUGUGGGUGGAUGAGAAACCAAAGUAUGACUACGGUUCCAACACUUGUGUGGGUGGAGAGUGCAGACACUACACUCAGGUUGUUUGGAAAAACUCUGUGCGCGUUGGAUGUGCGAAAGUAAGAUGCAACAAUGGAGGCACUUUCAUCGGUUGCAACUAUGAUCCCCCUGGCAACUAUCAAGGUCAAAGACCCUACUAAGCAUUUACUUCUCUAAGAUAAAAGCUACCACUUUCGAAUAAAUCACUAUAACAUGCAAGUACUACUGCAUCCAUCGUGCAUGAAUUUAAGGUGUUCGUGUCCACCUUAUUAUUAAAUUCAUGGAGUAACUUGUAUUGAAAUAAUAAUAAUAAUAAAAGUGUUAUAAUAA